CCUCGGAUCAAGGUUCUGUACGGUGACUGAGACUGAAUGACUGACUAAACAAAAGAGAUAUUAUAUGAAGGUCUUAGAGUUUUUUUUUUUAAAAAAAUAUAAUUGUGACAUUUGUUUCUUCAGUGUCAGCUUCAGUGUAGGUAUUACAAACAAAACUAUGGAAUCUCAAAAUCAACAUUUGAAGACAACACUGUCACUGUCUUUAAGAAGAUUUCACAUUUCUGAAGAGUAUGGAUUUCUUCUUCCAAAUCCGCUGAAAAAACUUCCAGAUCAUUAUGGGCCUUGGAUGGAAAUUGUCAAUAAACUUCCUCACUUGAUUGAGAGUCACCAACUUCAAGCUCAAGUGAACAAGAUGCCUCUCCUGGAUUGCCAGUUCCUUACGGGUCAUCGGGAACACCGCCUUGCUCAUUUGGUCCUAAGCCUUAUUACGAUGGGGUAUGUCUGGCAGGAAGGAGAGACACAGCCCCAAACGGUUCUGCCACAGAAUCUUGCUCUUCCAUUUGUUGAAGUCUCCAGGAACUUGGGCCUCCCUCCUAUCCUGGUCCACUCUGACUUGGUGCUAUCAAACUGGACUAUGAGGAACUCUGAAGGACCUAUGGAAAUCAGGAACUUGGAUACCAUAUUUUUAUUUCCUGGGGGCAAAAGCCUUCGUGGUUUUAUACUGGUGACUGUGCUGGUGGAGAAAGCAGCAGUACCUGGGAUUAAGGCACUUGUUCAGGCAGUGAAUUCCAUCUUGCAAAUGAACCAGGACUCCCUGCUUCAAGCCCUUCAGCAACUAAGACUCUCCAUUCAGGACAUGACCAGAGCUUUAGGACAAAUGCACGAUUAUGUAGAUUCAGACAUCUUUUAUGCAGUCAUUCGGAUCUUUCUCUCUGGAUGGAAAGACAACCCAGCCCUGCCUGUAGGCUUGGUGUAUGAAGGAGUUUCUGAAGAGCCUCUGGAGUACUCUGGAGGCAGUGCCGCACAGAGCACAGUACUGCAUGCGUUUGACGAAUUCUUAGGUGUUCAUCACAGCAAAGAAAGUGCGGAGUUUCUCCACAGAAUGAGGGAUUACAUGCCUCCUUCUCAUAGGGCCUUCAUAGAAGAAAUCAAAUUGGCUCCAUCACUAAGGGACCAUAUUCUGGCCUCUGGAAAUGACGAACUUCUGAUAGCCUACAACAAUUGUGUGGAGGCCCUGGCAGAACUGCGUAGUUAUCACAUCACCGUGGUAUCCAAAUACAUCAUCAUAGCUUCAGCCAAAGCAAAAAGCAGAAAAUCAAGUCAUUCCCCAGGGUCUCAGGCCUCAGAAGAAAGGGGCACUGGUGGGACUGCAGUUCUGAGUUUCCUGAAGAGUGUCAGAGAUAAGACCCUAGAGGCAACUGUCCACCAAAGUGAGUAAGCAAACACUGUCUCCCAUGCUGAGAAAAUCCUGCAAUACAGUUUUCUCUAUUCUGUCUGGAAUAAUGCAAAAGGAACCUUACUACCCCAUCCAACACCAUCUUCUACUUUCUUGAGAGCUAUUAGUCUUAACAGAGGAAGAUUUUCAUGGUGAGGAAAUUUCCUUGGAUUGUCCAAUCACUGGUUAGUAGAAAUUUGCAAAGCAGUAGAAAAAAAUCAUCUAAUUUUUGUUCAAUGAACUAUUUAUUGUAUAGAUUGCCUUGUUUAUUAUCUUAAAAAAUAAAUUAAAAUAUA